CAUGCGGGUCAUCAGGGACUUCAUCACUGCGAAGGAGGAGCAACUAUUGAUGCUUACUUGCCGUACGAGUUGAGCCACUGGGAUAACGUGGGUGGGUGGGUGAGACAAUAUAGUAUCGGAUUCCUGGUUAAACUUCAUACAACUUGCGGAUUGCCUACGAAUACCGCGAAGUUGAACGCCGAAAGUGGACUCCCCAAAACCGGGCCACGCUGGAUCGCCUCCCGUGAGCUUCCUUCGGUGUCAUGCCCUUCGUGCCCAUCGUGGACUUCGCUGACUCUGGCGCGAUCAAGCCGCACGUGGGCAGCACUCGAUUUUGCCUGCUCUGCAACUGAAGCGGAUGACCAAGGAUCCCAUGACUUUGCCAGCUACUCUGUGGAUCUGCUCCUGCCGCGACGCUCGAUCUACAUCAUGAGUGCCCUAGCGCGGUACGAGUUCACUCACGAAAUCCUGGCCAGAGAUCAGUCGUGGUUUAAGGAGCGCUUGGUGGAAAGGAGCCGACGCGUCUCCGUCAUUUCUCGAAACGAACCUUGA